ACUAUGUUUUUCCGACGUUGUUCUAAACUGGACAGAAAAAGAAAAGUUUCAUCCUUUCUUCUCUUGUUGCUGCAUAUGGUGUGAAGACUGCUGCAUGCAACAGCCUCUUCCUUCUGCGCCAGCCUACCGGGAGGAUCUCACGGGUACUUUGGGCUGCAGGAAAAUGUACUGGGGAAAGCAUGUUAGAGUUCUUUUCACUGUGACUCUGGUCUGGCAGGCUGUUCACUUAGGAAAAGGCCGUGAAAAAGAACAUGAAGAUGUGAAAGGUCUCAAUGCCACAGCACAAAAGCAGCAGCCCAAGAACGAAGGGACUAUUAUGAAUGCUCACAGUGACAUGAAUCAGAGUUACGAAAGCAGAAAACAGAAUUCCAGGUCAUUGGUACCUUUCACCGGGAUUACAGAGAGUAAAAAACUGAACAGACACUGCUGCCAAAACGGAGGGACCUGUAUCCUAGGGACUUUCUGUGCCUGCCUAAAGCAUUUCACUGGCAGAUACUGUGAACAUGAUGAGCGACAAAGCAAUUGUGGCAGCAUUGCCCACGGAGUCUGGGUGCUGAAGGGCUGUUGGCUGUGUCGGUGCGGCUAUGGUACUCUGAACUGUCUCUCAGAAAUAAUGCACGAAAACUGUGAAAUGAAAUCCGGAAAGGAGGAAAUUACCAGACUAUAUUCUAAUGGGCUAAGAUUAGAACAAACUGUGUUUAUACUCGCUUGCCUGUUCACUAUCGUCAUGGAGCUCUGCUGCUGGUAGUUGUAAAACUAGACAAAGGGAAAUAUCUUUGGGUUGAUGUAACCUUCACGAUGAGGCAUACAACUUUUUCUUCUGUGAGCUACAGAAGACACUUCUACCUGCAUGUUGGAGGCAGAUUAAGAUGUAUUAGUUAAUACUUAAAUGCUUGGAUUAUUAUAAAUUCAGAUUAUAUGAAUGUGAAAUAUUUAUUAUAUUAUUAUUUUAUUACUACUAUCAAUGUCUGAUUCUAACGAUUCUUUAGUGCUAAAAUACUGUACUUCCAGUGGAAGCAAAUAAACCACAAUGUUCUAUACCUUAAGUAUUGUAAAUUAUACUCAUUUGCUUUGUACGCAGUACAACUAUUUUAACAAAUAAAGCAAUUUCAUUUUUGAA